GAGGUUUUUGCUGAGGAUGAAGAAAGAAGCAGUGGGGAUGAUGGCGGUUAAUUCCACUGCUGGAUCCUUUAGCUCCUUUCAGCAAUUUAGCAUUGCUGAUCUUAUUGUCAUAGUGGCUUAUUUUUCCUUAAACAUUGCAGUGGGAAUAUGGUCUUCCUGCAGGGUGAACAGGAACACAGUCAGUGGCUAUUUCCUUGCUGGCAGAGACAUGGCGUGGUGGCCAAUUGGGGCCUCUCUUUUUGCCAGCAGUGAAGGAUCAGGGCUCUUCAUUGGACUGGCUGGGACUGGCGCUGCCGGGGGAAUCGCUGUCGCUGGCUUUGAGUGGAAUGCUACCUACGUUCUCUUGGCACUGGCUUGGGUGUUCGUUCCAGUCUACAUCUCUUCAGGGAUUGUCACUAUGCCUGAGUAUCUCCAGAGAAGGUUUGGAGGUGAGAGAAUCCGCAUGUACCUCUCUGGCCUGUCGCUCCUGCUCUCCAUCUUCACCAAGAUCUCUACGGAUCUGUACUCGGGGGCUCUGUUCGUGCAAGUCUGUCUGGGCUGGGACCUUUACCUCUCCACCGUCCUGAUGCUGCUGGUCACAGCGCUCUACACGAUUGCAGGGGGGCUGGCGGCCGUCAUCUACACCGACACGCUGCAGACGCUCAUCAUGGUGGUUGGAGCCAUCGCUUUGGCUAUAAAAGCUUUUAAUGAGAUCGGUGGUUACCUGAACCUAGAAGAGGCCUAUUUAAAAGCUGUUCCAGCCAAGAUUGUUCCCAACACUACCUGCCACCUGCCCAGAGCGGAUGCUAUGCACCUCUUCCGAGACCCAGUCUCUGGCGAUCUGCCCUGGACUGGGAUGACUUUCGGGCUGUCCGUCAUGGCCACGUGGUACUGGUGCACCGACCAGGUCAUCGUUCAGAGGUCUCUCUCUGCGAAGAGCCUGAGCCAUGCGAAGGCUGGCUCCAUCCUGGCCAGCUACCUGAAAAUGCUGCCCUUGUUCAUCAUCAUCAUGCCGGGGAUGAUCAGCAGGGUCCUGUACCCAGAUGCUGUCGCCUGCGUCGACCCCGAGGAGUGCGUCCGCGUGUGCGGUGCCGCCGUGGGCUGCUCCAACAUCGCCUACCCCAAGCUGGUGGUCGAGCUGAUGCCCAGCGGGCUGCGAGGCCUGAUGAUCGCGGUGAUGAUGGCAGCGCUCAUGUCGUCCCUCACCUCCAUAUUCAACAGCAGCAGCACCCUCUUCACCAUGGACAUCUGGAGGUGGCUGAGGCCGCGAGCCGGCGAGCGAGAGCUGCUCUUGGUGGGCAGGGCGGUGACGGUGGCACUGGUGGCACUCAGCGUGGUCUGGAUCCCCAUCCUGCAGAGCGCCAGCAGCGGCCAGCUCUACGGCUACAUCCAGGCCGUCACCAGCUGCCUGGCGCCUCCCGUCACCGCCGUCUUCCUCCUGGCCGUCUUCUGGCCCCGAGCCAACGAGCAGGGGGCUUUCUGGGGCCUCAUGGCGGGGCUGGCGCUGGGGCUGGCCAGGCUGGCGCUGGAGAUGGCACACCCGGCGCCCCGCUGCGGGGUCCCCGACGCCCGGCCGGCGCUGCUGGCGCGUCUCCACUACCUGCACUUCGCCCUGCUGCUGUGCGCUGCCACCGUCGCCGUCGCCGUGGGGGGCAGCCUGCUGGGCGCCCCCCCGCCGCGCGCCCGGCUGAGCAACCUCACCUGGUGGACCCUGUCGCGGGAGCCGCUGCCCCCCGGGCCGGAUGCUGGCACAGGCUCCCGGGACGGGGCCCCGCGCGGGCGGCAGCCGGCCGAGAGCCCCCCGAGAGCGGCCUUGGGGGACGCCGCCGAGAGCCCCUUCUGGGCCGGGGUCUGCUGCGCCAACGCCGUCGUCCUGGUGUGCGUCAACGUUUUCUGCUACGCCUAUUUUGCCUAGGGGCUGCGCCGGGGGGGUGGGAAAGCCGGGGAGUGGGGUGAUAUUUUUUAGGUGCUGCAUUCGGCACGUGGGAGGUUUCCACCAGUGCAACGAGCUGGGCGUUCUCAGCACCGUGGCCCUCGAGGGUGUCCCGGCGCGAGGGUCCGGUGAGGGUGCCCGGGGGGGCGGCGUGCGAGCCAGGAGCCGGUGUUGGGGUGAGCCCGCAGGGCGAAGGUGCCCGGCGCGGAGCGGAGCGGGAGAGGCAACACGGCGCCGGCAGCCGCAGGAACGAAAGGAGCAUCCCCGCUGGCAGCUUUCACCCAAACACACUUU